AUGAAUGCGCUCAAGGAGGGUAAGCUCUUAGACGAUAAUGGAUGGAUCUCUCUCCGGAAUACGGGAAAGGGACAGAAUCAGAACGAGACUUUUGCAUUUCUAGGCCAAGUCGCCGAAGCUAUCACUCGCGCUGCCACCCAGCACGAUGAAACCUUGAAGCCCCAGGCUGUUGCCUGCCCGUCUCCUACUGCUACAUAUCAACACUCAAAACUGGGAUACCGUUUCUUUCCUGACUGGACAGCAGUGUUCAAUGUGCUCUCUUCUAGCAUUCACGUAGAUGCAAAGCCUUCGACAGUCAGUGCAUCCAGAAAGACACCUGUCAAAACUUUGGACAUUGCAUCAAUCGCGGAAUUCAAGCUCGAAGAUACUACCGAAAAGAUUAUUGAUAACGAAGAAAAAAUGGUUGGGGCUGCAAAGCAGUUGCUUGGGAAUGAUCCGUGCCGGGAGCGUAUUCUAGGUUUCACGAUGGAGAAAAAGCGAACCCGAUUUUGGGACUUUUCGCGAUGUGCAAUCACAGUGUCCGAGCCUUUUGAUCUUAACGAGGUAUGGCUUCAGAAACCUGAAUUACUGGUCGACUUUCUUCUUUUUGUCAUUUUCGCAAAAAAGCAUGAAAUCGGAUUCGAUCCUACAAUGCACAACAUCUCCGUGGGCGGCGAAGAUUGCUCCUGUUAUGAAAUCGGCAACUCCUUCUUUCUCAUCGUUGGGUCGCCGCUUACCGAAGCAGCUGCAUAUCAGAUGGUCGGGCGUGCUACUCGAGUUUGGGUUGUUGUAGGACUAUUUCCCGACAGAAAUGGAGAUAUCGAAGUCGGAGGAAGGCUUCGACGAGGUGUUACCAGACGUGUCUUGAAGGAUGUUUGGUUAUAUGACAAGGCACUCUGCGAGCGAGAGAUCCAAUCAAGUAUUUUGAAAAAGCUUGAUGCCAAACAAAAAACCAAACUCGAGGAACACUUUCUCACCUUCAUCAUGGAGGAGGUAAUCAUCUUUGAAGGAGAGCCGAAGCCUACUUUCAAAAAACCCUCUCUCACCAAAGUCGAACCUAUCAUGAUGUCCCGGACACACAUGCUGCGAAAGCAUGUCCGUUCUGUAGUAAAUGAAGAGCGUGAAAAUCUUUAUCAACUCACCGAUUUCAAGAAAGCUUUAAUAUGCUGGAGAGAUAUGAUCAUAUGCAUGUCGCUUUGCCAUUUCGAUCAGUUGAUGAAACUCACGAUAAUUCCAGGUCUUAAUCUAUUCCGUAUCGCUGGCUUUAUUCAUCGUGAUUUGAGUGGAGGGAAUACACUGUUUUUUGAAGGCAAGGGGAUAAUAUCUGAUCUGGAAUACGCCAAGAGGUACAAUGAGGUGUCGAGUCACGAUCCCAAGACGGGCGCGCCUGAUUUCAUGGCUGCAGAAUACCAGGCGAAUUGUUUUUUUCUUCUUCCCUCUCCAACAGACGCAACCGCAGAACUUCUUAAAUUACAGCGCCAGUGGUUUGCACCCCAUUUUGUACAUGACAUCGAAUCAGUCUACUGGCAAUAUCUAUGGUUCCUCCACAACCGCUACCCUAAAAUUUCGAAACCCUCGCAAUCAGCUUUGGAAGAAAUCAAACAACAAGCUAAACUAUAUUUUGGUUAUGGUAUUGACGGAAAUCACGACCGCUUCGACGUCAUCCGAAACGAAACAAGCCAUAUAUUACUCCGAGGUGUCUUGGAAUCUGUAUAUUGCCCUCUCAUCCUACAACCCCUUGAUUUGUCGAUAACCCUGCGUGAAGAAUACCGGCGGGUUGUCAGGUCGCUUCCCAUGAAAAAGAGCGAUGAUGCCUGGCGGCUGGGGGACGUAUUCAAUGGGGAUAUUUAUGAGCAGUUCCUCGGAAUGCUCCAGACUGUGUUGGAUGCAUACCCGGAUGGGUACGCGGUCAUCACUGUUGAUGCUGCUAGUUGA